ACCAUCAGAAACGUCCGUGUGCAACAUGUAAAACAGAACUAUUUACUUUCGCACUAGGAUUAGUCGACGCAGGUAAUUUUUGGUAGAAAAUCUAACUUUCUAAAUAGUUUGAAAACCGUGUUUCUUUUAUUUGGAUUUUUUUUAAAUGUUUAAACAUGGAACAUAAGUUAGCAGAGUUCAGAGCCCGAAGGAAAGUCGAGAAGCAAGUAACAAAAACCGAAAACCAACCUGAAAGUUGUUGCUCUGAGAGACACACAGCUCCGAGAGAUGCGACCGAGUCCACGGAGUCAAAAAUAAAUGUACAAAAGGAAAACAGAGACUGGUUGCUGGACAGCGCUGUUGGCCGCUGGCUCGGUGUGCAGCGUUUGGCUAUUACGAAUCUGACCUUACUGAAGGUGUUACUGUGGCUUGUGUUGCUUGGUCUCUUCUCUGAGCUGGACUUUGGACUGCCCUUCUUUCUCCUGUCUUUGUUUUACUGGCUCUAUGAAGGUCUGCGGAGUCCAGUGGCGAGAAGGCCUGGUGAGCUGAGCGCCUAUUCGGUGUUUAACCCCAACUGUCAACCCAUCCUGGGCACACUCUCUGCAGAACAGCUGGAGGGAGAGAUGGGUUACAGACCAUUAAACAGCAGGGUGAAUACAUAACACACUACCGACAAACUCUCAGACUGGCUUCAGAAUAAACACGGCUGAAGUUUGGAUCCACCUAUAGAAAGAUAUAUUUUAAGCCAAACACCACACACUUUAGACACAGAACAAGGCCAUGAUCAACAGCGAGCUUACAAAGGAGGACAAAAAUGAGGAGCUCUUGAGUAUGAAGUGAUCUCUUGUACUCGGCUUACUUGUGCCAAAGUCUAACCAAGUUAAGUUUGUAUACACAUGGCAACAGCCUAUGACAAAAUCUGGUCUAUGACUGUUUAAUGAUGUGAGCUGAUUUAUUGGGAUUUAAAAAAAAAAAAAAAUGUAUUAAGCCUUUCAUGCAUCAAUUGUGAAACAUAAUCAGGAUUUCUCCCUAAUAAUUGUUGUUGUUCUUUAAAUGGAAAAAUAAAACUAUGGGACAUAAUGCAUUUGAAUGUUCAAAAUGAAGUCAUAUCCUGCUGAAGAGAACACAAUUAUUUGAAAAUUAAAAUAAUGGUAUGAGCCAAUACCAGAGGGGGGGGAAAAAAAAGGUUGAUCAGAUAUCUGAGAAAACAUACUGGAUAUUGGAUCCUGUAACAAAUGAAACCUUGAAUUAGAUUUUUUUGGGAAAACAAAUGGAUCUGGAAAUAAAAUAUAGAUAUAAAGAGACCUUUUUAUCCCCCACUGGCUGAAAGGCCCAAAGGGGGAUUGUGUCGUGGCGACGUCCAUCCAUCUGUCCGUCCGUCCCAGGAAGGGUACUCACCUUCUGAAAUCAACUACUCUCACGAUUUUUGGAGGAAUUUCACGAAACUUGACAGGAUUCUUUGUUAUAUGUCGGUAAUGCGCAUAUUGCAAUUUCGUUCAAGUUCAGUCACAUUUUUACCAGAGUUACAGCCCUUGGUUAACAACCUCGUACUUUGACAAUUUCAUGAAAGUGUGCUCGUCUUCUGAAAUCAACUCCUCUCACUAUUUUUGCAGGAAUUUUCCAAAACUUUGCAAAAGGCUUUGCUAUCUGUCGGUAAUGCGCAUACCGUAUUUUCUGGACUAUAAGCCGCUACUUUUUUCCUAGGUUUUGAACCAUGCGGCUUAUACAAAGGUGCGGCUAUUCUGUGGAUUUUUCUUCCACCGCUAGGGGCGCUCUAACCGGAAGUAGAAUCAAAAAUAAGAUAGACGAAAAAUCAAUGCAAAGAAGAAUUAGCAGAUCUUUAGCAGAUAGAACACGCACGACAAAUUACUAACUGGUAAUUAUUUUCAAAUCCAGCGAAGAUGAUUAAAGUGACUUGUGGUUUCAAACACAGGAGAAAUGAAGGUAAAUAAAUACCGGUUAUUUUCUCUUGGUUCUGUUCCGUUUUAAUCAGCAAAGUUGCUGCCGUGUUAAAAGGCACUGUUCGGAAAGAAUCUGUUCAGGUACAUACAUGUACAUUUACAGUACAAAAUCGUUCUGUACAUGCAGUAAAUAUCUAAUUUUUCAACAUAGAUAUCUGCGGCUUAUAGCCCGGUGCGGCUUGUAUAUCUUUUUUAAAAUUUUUUUUUUUAAAAUAGAGUGGAUGCGGCUUAGAUACAGGUGCGCUCUAUAGUCCAGAAAAUACGGUAUUAAAAUUUCGUUCAGUUCGGUCACACUUCACCAGAGUUAUGGCCCUUGAUUACCAAACUUGGACUUUGACAAUUUCAUGACGGUGUAUUAAAGGAAAAGGCAACUUUUGUACAAAAUCACCACAAAUGGAUAGAUAAAUAUAUAAAGUAAUCGAUCAUGGAAUUUAUAGAGAAAGAACAGACCGCAUAACAGUAUCUUUUAACUUUUAAUAAUAUGGGCUUGCGCUGAGCUCAGCGAAGAUGCGUUCCGCCAUAUUGAUCUACUGCGUGACGUCAUGCGGCCCACCACUGAAAAGAACUCUUCAGUGCUUCAUUGUAAUAAGGUAAAAAACCAGUACAAUCGCUUCUUCAAAGUUUCACCAAAUGGUUUUAUUUAUGCAACUUAAAGCUCAUAAUACUGUAUAACUUUGGUUGAGUACAGACUUUCGUCUAAACGGGGGAACAGGGGCGCUGCGCCCUCUUACUCUCGGCGUGCGCCCCAUUACCGACUCCGUGAAAACAUCCCAGCAACACUACGUGACAAUGUGUCUGAUCAUCAAAUACGUUAUAAUUGCUCCAAAAAUAUUCCAAUCAUAGUAGAUACACCGCCAGACGGUGCAAAAACAAUCCGAAUUGGCGUUUUCCAGACUGAGGCGCCAUGUUGUUUAGUUGUUUACUUGUCGCGGCUGCUCUCGCGAGAUUUGACAUGGGUUACAUACAAGGUCAGCUGACUUGUAGAGCGAGAUUUCUCGAGACUGAAUGACCUUUCACCCACCGGCGCGGGAGCUUUUGACAGAAGUAGUUCGCGAGUUGUUUUUGUUGACACUCGGGCAUUUAAAGAUGUCAUCCCGCGGCACGAAACGGAAGAAAGCCAAAGACUGUCCGGGGCAGAAGAAGAUUACUUCUUUCUUUUUCAAUGUUGACAGACAAUUUGUUACAAUUUCCCUCUCAGAUAGCCUCAGAAUGUCCCAUUGGAGCAUUUUUCAAAGGCUUUGCACGGCGGGGGACGGACAACCGGCACCAACUCCCCCCCCCACUUCGCUCCCUCGCCAUGGUGAGCGCCCUCGUACUAAAUUUUUCUAGAAAAAACCCUGGAGUAAAAACACGGAGCAAAAACAUGGCUGAAUCCUGAAUGACUCCUAUUUGGAUUUGUCCUACCAAGCCUACUGCGCAUGCGUGAAGCGGCUCGGCUCGGUUUUCCCUUUCGGGCGCUCUCGUUUUCUGUUAGAAUUUGGUAAAGAAGAAAAAAAAUAUAUAUAUUAUUUACCAGCUUACCGGGCCCAUGAACAUAAAUCUGACAGCUGACAAGGUCGGGAUAUAAACGAAUCGAAUACAAGCCACCCGCCGGGACUCCUAAUCACAGUGAUCUGCUUGUAAACACUGUUUUCAUGGGCCCAGUGACGUCACAGAUCAGAGGGAGGCGCAUUAACGAAAGAUUCUGAUUGGUUUAUAGUUGCCCACAAUCUCAAAAUGGCUGCCUCCUUCAACUUUGACUCCUCUGUGUCAAUUCAUGAUUUCAAAGUUAAAAAUAUUUUUUCAUGUUCGAUAUAUAAUGGAAAUAAUUAACGGAAUUGAUUACGUAUAUGUUUUUCUCCUAUUACACACCUGGUUUUGUACAAAAGUUGCCUUUUCCUUUAAGCACUUGUAGCAUAGAUGUAGUUGCCAGCGGGGGAUAUUGUGCUCUCAGAGCACUCUUAUUAUGGUUGAUUUGAUUACAUUUAUAAUUUAUAAUGCAAGUUAUUUUAUGUGAAAGAAUAUAACUAAAGUUCUCGUUAAAAAAAAGUUUAAAACUUAGUAGUUUUUAAAGAAAACAAUAUGAAAUGGGUGUCUGUAUCGGCUGAUGCUCAAGGUUUCGGUAUUGGCAAAGACAAUGCAAUAUCGUGGCAUCUCUACAUGUGAAAAAGACAUGAAUUCUAGUUUGAGUUUCUUUAUUGUUUACCUUGACAUACUUGAGCUUGUUUAUUAAAAGAUUCCAAAAACA